UUUUAGUGUGCUAUUGUAUUCCACAAUGGCUUCCAAAUCUGUACUGUGGACCAUGGCCUUGGUGGCCACCAUGGCUAUCGCUGCCCUAUCUGAGCGUGCCCGCUACGACAACUAUCGACUGUAUAGGAUCAAAAUUGAAUCCGCACAACAGCUGGAAGUGCUGCAAGCCGUUGAACAGCUAGGCCAGGGUUACAAUUUCUGGAGUGAACCGGUGAAUGUGGAUAGCGAAGUGGACUUGGUUGUUCCGCCCCAUAUGUUUGCUGAGUUCGGAGAGUUAGUUGAACGGUACGACCUGCAAGUGCAGCUUAGCGUGUCCGAUUUGGAACAGCUAUUCGAGCAGGAACGUAGAAGAAACACUCGACAGGCCUUUGGUUGGAAUGCGUACUACACGCUGGAAGAAAUUUACGCUUGGUUGGAUGAUUUGGUGACGAGGUAUCCCACUGUCCUCACUACUAUUGUAGGGGGUACCACAUUUGAAGGUCGAGAAAUACGAGGCGUGAAAGUGUCUUAUAAGAGUGGUAAUCCUGGAGUGUUCAUAGAGGGUACUAUCCAUGCCCGAGAGUGGAUUAGUGGAGCAACAAUUACUUGGAUCCUAAAUGAAUUGUUGGUUUCGACCGAUACAAAAGUGCGUAACAUUGCGGAGAACUACGAUUGGUACGUCUUCCCGGUUACGAACCCGGAUGGAUAUGUCUACACGCACACCACUAAUCGACAGUGGAGAAAGACUCGUAGACCACAUAGCGUUUUGUGCACUGGGGCUGAUCCGAAUAGGAACUGGGGUUAUAAUUUCAUGCAGGGAGGUGCUUCUAACUCGCCGUGUUCAGACACUUACGCCGGACCAUCCGCAUUUUCGGAAGACGAGACUCGUACGCUAUCAGAGUAUUAUUCGUCAGUUCAGUCUUCGAUCAGCACCUAUUUAUCUUUUCACUCUUACUCACAAUUGUUGCUUUUACCAUAUGGGCAUACGACAGCGCCGUUAGAUAAUUAUGAUGAAAUUAUGGAGAUUGGAAGAUUGGGCAUCGCGAAACUUAGCGAAAGAUACGGAACGCAGUAUAAGAUCGGAAACAUUGCUGAAGCCAUCUACAUUGCGUCCGGAGGCAGCAUCGAUUGGGUCAAGGGCGUCUACAAGACACCAAUCGUGCUAUGCUACGAGCUUCGUGACACCGGAGCGUUCGGUUUCGUGCUCCCACCAGAACAAAUUAUUCCAAACUCGGAGGAAACUUUGGAUUCAAUUAUCGUGAUUUUGGAAGAAGGCGAAAAAAGAGGAUUGCACCUGUUGUAAAUGGUCUGUGUUUAUAAGCCUGUGUGUGCAGCUUGAAAAACAGUGAUAAUAUUGCAGUUCCUAAAUAAUUUAACAAUUGUCCGAUUGGUUUGAAAUAAGAUAAGCGACUCUACUGAAGUAAUACGUCAGCAACUUAUUUCUCAAAAUAAUUAUUUACAUUUUGUAGCGUCUAUUUGAUUCAUACGUGUGAAUGCCAAAUAUGGUUUACCAUUAGCUUUUUUAUUUACCGAGAUGAA